CGUAGUCCUACGGGGAAACAUGGCGUCGGUGUCAGAAAUGUACGAUGUGGGAUGGGAAGAGAUGAGAGACAAACUACGCAGAUGGAGAGAAGACAACAUCAGAAAUAGUGAACAAAUAGUGGAUGUUGGUGAAGAGCUCAUCAGUGAGCAUGGAUCUAAACUUGGAGAUGACAUUUGGAUUAUUUAUGAGCAGGUGAUGAUCGCAGCGCUGGACUGCAGUCGGGAUGACUUGGCUCUGACCUGUCUACAGGAACUGAGGAAGCAGUUUCCAGAUAGCCACAGAGUGAAGCGAUUAACAGGCAUGAGGCUGGAAGCUUUAGAAAGGUAUGACGAGGCCAAUAAGCACUAUGAUGCAAUUCUCCAAGAUGACCCCACCAAUACGGCAGCAAGAAAGCGCAAGAUCUCCAUACUGAAGGCCCAGGGGAAGAGCGCUGAAGCCAUCAGGGAGCUCAACGAGUAUCUGGAGCAGUUUGUUGGGGACCAGGAAGCAUGGCAUGAGUUAUCAGAGCUCUACAUCAACGAACAUGACUAUGGAAAAGCUGCGUUUUGCCUGGAGGAGCUGAUGAUGACCAACCCUCACAAUCACUUGUACUGUGAGCAGUACGCCGAGGUGAAGUACACGCAGGGGGGGCUGGAAAACCUGGAGCUGUCCAGAAAGUAUUUUGCCCAGGCGCUGAGGCUGAACAACCGAAACAUGAGGGCAUUGUUUGGUCUGUAUAUGUCUGCAAGUCACAUUGCUUCCAAUCCUAAAGCCAGUGCCAAGGUGAAGAAGGACAACAUGAAGUACGCUGCUUGGGCCGCCACUCAAAUAAACAAAGCCUAUAAGCUGGCCGGCCGUGGGAGCAAGGAGAACAAGUACUCCAUGAAGGCGGUGGAGGAGAUGCUGGAGUCCAUGCAGAUCACCAUGUCUUAGUCCUGAUCGGCCUCGCCGCUCUCCGUUUUUCUUUUUCUUUUUUUUCUGUUCGGUUAGAGAAACAUGGCAGCUCAAACAGCCUUGACCAGAGCUGGGUCUUUUAACUGUUUAGGUUUUUCUUUUGUAAUCAUUUUAAUUUGACAGACAAUGAAACACGAUAAUCUCCUCUCAACUGUUUCCUGAUCGUUUUAGUAAAGUAAUACUUUUUUUUGUUUUUCUUUUAGUUUAGGUGGGAGCUGAAACACUUAUUGCUGCAUCCACAUUAACGCUAACAUCAUGAGACAAGAAAAGACGAGAAGCUGUACAGAAAAAGCUAUUUAUAAAGAUAUUGUGGAGACCCCACCUGUUUGCACUGGCAUCUUCUUUUGUUUGUGUCCAUAAUAUCUGUAAAUGAAACUAAUAAACCUCUUUUUUUUUUCUCAAA